UGUUUUUCAAAUCACAUCCGGUAUGAAACAAGGAAGCAACAAAAUGCAAUGAAGGUGACAGGCCGCGCUUGGGUUUAUUGUUCGCCUCUGUGAGACAGACUUCUGUUAGUUGCACUGUGAACACAUUUACAAUGCAAAUCUCAUUUUGUCACCAUCUCUAUGUUACAUUCAGCUUCUCUGAGAGUCAUUCCCAACAGAUCCCAUUUCUUUGUGAAUGAGCCUGUUACGCUGAGCUGUGAUGAGCCUGGAAACUCCUCUGACUGGAGAGUUAAGAGAAACACAUCCAGGCAUACAAACGAAGAGUGUUCCAUAACGUGGGGAAGAAGAAAUGGAUCCCAGUGCUUCAUUGAUGACGUUUACGCAUUGGACAAUGGAGUGUACUGGUGUGAGUCCGGAGCUGGAGAGUGCAGCAAUGUCGUCAACAUCACUGUGACUGGUGGCUCUGUGAUCCUGGAGGGUCCUGUCCUCCCUGUACAGGAGGGACAAGCUGUGACUCUACGCUGCAUAAAUAAGACAACCUCCUCCUCCAAUAUGACGGUUGGAUUUUAUAAAGAUGGCUUCUUCAUUGGCAGCAGCUCAACAGGAAACAUGACCAUCAACAGUGUUUCAAAGUCUGAUGAAGGUCUGUACAAGUGUGGCAUCUCUGGAGCUGGAGAAUCACCAGACAGCCGGCUGGUUGUCACAGCUGGGCGUCCUGAAUCUUUUCAGUCCCCUCUGGUGCGCAUUCUACUUCCUGUGGUGGGCGUCUGCCUCUUGCUAGUCUCUGUGAUGCUGCUGUGCCUCUGGAGGAGCCACAAAGGUCAAAUUGACCCUGAUGAUGUGUCGUACACUGAUGUCACCAUCACAAAGGAAGGUCAACCAAAGAGGGACAGAGAAACGGAUGCAACCCUCUACUCAACAAUCAAAAUAGGACCCACCUGAGAGGAAACAGUGUUGAAAUGCGUCCCUCCCCACACAUCCAACAACCUCUCCUUCGAAAAGCAUGUCAAUCAAAUCACCAGUACUGCCU